CUUCACACUCUCCCUAUAUAUAUCAACAUCUAUAAAUUAAAUUAAACAAACCAAUAGUGUUCAACUUUUACCACAAAUAAAAAAACUCUUGCAUCACUCACAUUACUAUUACUAUUCGCACCUCCAACACACAAUUAAAAAACAAUGGCUUCUUCUUUCUCUUUGAAUUCCUCUACCCUACUUGUGCUUCUCUUGGCUCUUUUAUGUUGUUUACAAUGUUCUAUUGUUGAUUCUUAUGAUUUACUAGUGGGUGGCCCAAAAGGGUGGGUUGUUCCUCCUUCAAAUGACACUGACCUCUACAAUAAUUGGGCUUCAAACAAUAGGUUCCAUGUUGGUGAUUCCAUCCAUUUUAAAUACAAGAAGGAUUCAGUGAUGGAGGUUGGUAAGGAAAAUUACAAUGACUGCAAUGCAACACAACCAACAUUUUUUUCAAACAAUGGAAACACUGAGUUCAAGUUAAACCACUCAGGAACAUUCUACUUCAUAAGUGGUGCAUCAGGGCAUUGUGAGAAAGGACAAAAGAUGAUUGUGAGAGUGAUGAUUCAAGAUCUUCAUUCCAAAUCUAAUGGAUACCAUGUUCCAAUUGGUGUCUUUGAAAUUGUCUUUGUUUUUGCAUUUGUUGCUUCCUAUGUUAUUUGAGUAUUUAGGAAAUUAAAUUGGUUUGCUACUAGGAAUAGUGCAAUUUCUUUAUUUUUAUUUUUAUUUUUAUUUUUAUUUUUAUUUUCUUCAUGUCUUUUAGUUUUGUUUACCUUUAAUUCUAGCUUUGGUGUAUGAUCGAUGAUUGAGGUCAUAUGAUUUUAUUUGGG